AUGGAGCAAUUAAAAGCAUUGACAAAAGGGCGCGCCAGACUCAAGGCCAAUAUCACACGGAGCUUGGCUUGGGCUGAGGACGCGCAGCAAUCGAACGCCACACGGGCAGAGGUGUCUUCGCGGCUGAAGCAUCUCGACACAACAUGGAAAGAAUUCACAAGAUUUGGUGAUGAAAUAGCUAUGCUAGACGAAGUAGAUGGGUAUGUGGACCCAGAGAAUGACAACAUAUUCUACGAGGAAAAAUAUCUAAGGGCACAUGCAUUACUUUCGGCGAUGUUUAUGAAGCUGCCAACAACAACCAGGUCGGAUACAACAACAUUACGGAAGGUGUCAGACGGCGCCAAUGAAAUAGUGCGUGGUUUGGAUGCCAUUGAGGAAACAGGACGAGAUUGUUGGAUCAUCUACUUGACGCUGGAGAAGCUGGAUGCAGAUACUCGACGCAGGUGGAUCGAGCGCAGUGUGGAGACAGACUCACCCACACUGGAGGAAUUCUUCAAAUUUUUGGAUGCACGUUGCGAGGAACUAGAGCUCAGCAAGCGUGAAACAAUCGGAGGCAAGACUACAGCCUCAAUCGGUGACAAGACAAGGAAGGUCACACAUUCGUUGGUUGUACUUGAAGGAAAAAAGUGCAGCAAAUGUCAUUCUACAGAGCAUCGUCUGUAUGGAUGCCAACAAUUCUUGGAUAUGUCAGCAGGACAGAGGGUUUCGUUUGCCAAGGAAAACGCUCUAUGUUACAAUUGUCUAAAACCUGGUCAUGGGGUCAGAAAAUGCAAAUCCACGUUCAAGUGCAGACAAUGUAAAGGUCAGCAUCACUCACUGUUGCACCUGCAACGCACGCAACAGGCUAUUGGAACAAUCUCUCAAAUUGGUGAGGAUCAGGAGGAUCCUAGCGCACACAUCUCAACGGUGACUACGAGUCACAUCGCACAAGCAGAAGGCUCUGCAGCAAUUGUAUGUGCACAAGGCAGUGCAAAUUCACAACAAUCAACUGGAUGGAACAGGAGCACCUUGCCGACGGCCAUGGUCAACGUUCGCAACGCAAAGGGAGAUUUGGUAGCAUGCCGACUCCUAUUGGACACGGGUUCAGAACUGUCGUACAUAUCUGAACGCUGUAUACAAACACUUGGUUUGGCUCGUACGCCAUCACGCAUACUGGUUACGGGAAUUUCAUCAACCAAAGCAGACACUACAAGAGGAUGCAGCACUAUAAGCAUCCAAUCCCGUAUUUCGCAAGAUCAGCUGGUAGUCCAGGCUCACGUGCUUGGAAAGAUUACAUCAUCAUUGGAAAGGCAGACCAUCGACGCGUCUGUACUUCGAGUUUUCAACGAUCUGCAAUUGGCAGAUUCGCAAUUUAGCACGAAUGCCCCAAUUGACAUUCUUUUGGGCAGCGAACACGUUUGGAGUGUUAUAACUGGAAGAAAAAUCUACGACGACAAAGGAAAGCUCAUUGCUAUAUCAUCAAUUUUCGGAUGGGUAAUUACAUCACUGCUUUCAUCACGCGCAUGCAGCGCUACGGAACUCACAACGACAAUAGACAUCGAUGCUUAUCUCAGAAGGUUCUGGGAACUGGAAAGCAUACAACGCAAAGCAGAAGUUCAACCUGAAGACGAGGAGGUGGAGAAACACUUUCUUACAACACACACUCGAGACAAACAAGGCAAGUACAUCGUGGAACUUCCGUUUAAAGUAUCCGAAACACUAUUCGCAGAUACACUUCAAGGAGCGCUGCAGAGGUUCAAAUCAGUUGAACGACGUUUGGCACAAAAUCAUCAAUUACGUAACGACUACGUGAAGUUCAUGAGGGAAUACCAGGAGCUAGGACAUAUGCGAGAAAUCUCACCGAGCGAAAUUCCCAAGGGUAGGAAUUUCUACCUGCCACAUCAUCCCGUAUUGGGUCGGAAACUUCGAGUGGUUUUCGACGGCUCAUAUCAAGACGCCAAAGGCAUGGCGUUAAACGACACACUAUCGAUCGGACCGAGUAUUCAGCGAGACCUAUUUGCUGUGUGCUUGCGAUUCCGUAUGUACAAAUACGUCUUUUCAGCGGACAUAGUCAAGAUGUUCCGUCAAAUAUGGGUGAGCGAAAAACAUAGAGACUAUCAAAGAAUCGUAUGGAGAGAGGAUCCCUCAGAUCCUAUCAACCACUUCCAACUAUGCACGGUGAUGUAUGGAACAUCAUGCGCACCAUUUCUAGCAGUCAGAGUGCUAGAGCAACUAGCUUCUGACCAUAAGCACGAGUUUCCGAACGCAGCAAAAAUCGUGUUGGAGGACUUCUAUGUCGACGACGUUCUCACUGGAGCAAAUAGUGAGGAUGAGCUGCUACGCAACAUGGACGAACUGGUCCAACUGAUGUCCUGUGCUAACCUAGAGCUCGGGAAAUGGGUAUCGAAUACCACACGCAUCAAAUCGGAGGAUAACACGGAUUCCUCACAAUCAUCAGUCAAAGUGCUAGGGCUGCAUUGGCACCCUGGAGAGGACACAUUGUCGUACAAUGUAAACCUAUCGAAAUAUCCUAGCCGAAUGGUUAACGACGAUGGAACCAUUUCGGUCGCCGUACUUGCAGCAAAAACACGAGUGGCACCUUUGAAGCAGCAGUGUUUGCCGCGCCUGGAACUAUGUGGCGCACUUCUAUUGAGUCAACUAAUGAACAACGACGUAACGAUCUACGCAUGGAGUGAUUCGACGAUAGUCCUGUCAUGGUUAUCGUAUUUACCAGCCCAACUCAAGACUUUUGUUGGGAACCGCACUUCAGAAAUCCUCGAAACCAUCCCGAAGCAUGCAUGGCGGCAUGUAGACUCAAAAUCGAACCCAGCGGAUUGCGCAUCACGUGGCUUGGGAGUAUCCGAGCUCAUUGACUUCCAAUUUUGGUGGAAGGGUCCUUCAUGGCUGAGGGACAAGGAACAAUUCUUGGUGAAAUUGAACAAUACUCACAACAGUACUUCUCUUUCAGACAAACGCAUACAAGACGAAGUCAAAACUACCUGCCUAGCUGCGCAGACGACUGUCACGACGGACAACCCAUGGGAUAAGCUUCUCAAUCGCAACUCAUCUUGGCUGAAGCUUAUACAUACACUUGCUUACGUUUUGCGCUUCAUUCAUCGCAUGAAGCACCCAUCUUCGAAACAACAUUUCGAUCGGCAGCGUUGCGCUCGUCAAGGAGUCCAACACACCACCAGCAUUAUGGCAUCUAGCGAAGGUGAUCGGCUCUUUCCAAGGAAAGGACAAUAUGGUUCAAGCAGUCAGAAUCAUCCGGCUCAAAACCCGGCCAAUAACGAAAAUUGCGAAACUACUCAGUUCAGAAACCGUGUUUCAGGGUGGCCCGGGAUGUUUAGGAAUGGACUAUCGAUACAUUGA